AUGGCCCAGUCCCAUAGAUUGUACGUCAAAGGUAAGCACUUGUCCUACACAAGAACUAGAAAGCACAACAACCCAAGUGUUUCUCUAGUUAAGAUUGAAGGUGUUUCUACCCCACAAGAUGCCCAAUUCUACCUAGGUAAGCGCGUGGCAUACGUGUACAGAACUUCUAAGGAAGUUAGAGGUUCUAAGAUCAGAGUCAUCUGGGGUAAGCUAACCAGAACCCACGGUAACUCUGGUGUCGUUAGAGCAAACUUCAGAAACAACUUGCCAGCCAAGACCUUUGGUGCCUCCGUUAGAAUUUUCUUGUACCCUUCCAACAUUUAA